AAUCACAAUUGCAACAUUAUCAAAAAUUGCAUUGAAUCGAAAAAGUGUGUGUUUGCUCUGUUUUUGUUUAGAAAAAAGUGCCGAAUUUGAUCGCCAUUCAACGGCGGCAUUCGUACAUAUAAAAUAUUAUUUUGACCUUAACAUCACAAGAUCUUCUUUGAGAUUGAAAUUUUCUAUUCGUGUUUUUUAACGAAAUAGAGAUAAAGAGCGUCGUCGCAAGUCGUUCAGAAUAUAUGUAUGAGCCAUUGUCAUCACCCUAUAUUCUAUGUACAAUACUUGAUAUUUUUGUGGGUUUUUCCCACAUGCACAAUACACACAGUUCCAAUAGAUUUGUCGGAAGAGAAACGAAGCAAGCGUUGUCGCUUUUUAUAUUUCUUCAUUUCAGUUCCAAAUUUAUUGACCAAGCAAACACACAUAUAUUCAAUUGAAAUGCCAUUGUUGUUGGAUAUGGUAUAAUUUAAAAUUCAGUGCUCUUUUAAAUUUAUUCAAAAACUGACCGUUGAUCGUAGCACACUGAUCGGAAGAAUCGUGGCACAAUACAAAUCGGAUACAGCAGGAUUUCGACAUAGAAUUAUAGCAAUAAAAAUACAUUAAAAAUGAAGGUGACUCACUUGAGCACUCUGUGUGCUUUACUGUCGUUGCUUGUGGUUGCAAAUGCCAACUAUGGAAGAAGAGAUUUGAUAAGACCAACUCCUGCUCCUCAAUAUUCCUCUCACGGUUAUCGUUUUUACCAAGGAUUUCAGCCCAUCGAAAGUCGAUUCUCACCGCAAGAUACUAGCGUUAAUUCGAAUGUACCACAAGACAUACGUAUGGCCAGCACUCAAAUUUCACAAGGAUCCGAGAAGUUUUCAUUCGAAAUGUUUAUCUCAAUGGCACAUGCGCUUCAACGAUACGAUUCAAAUUUUGUCAUUGCACCAUUUUCGGUGUGGUCUUUAAUGUUAUUGAUAGCUGAAGGUGCAACCGCUACAUCUUUCAAUCAAUUACAAGCCACACUUCGUAUGCCAAACGAUAUGAAUACUUUGCGUACUGCUUACAAAAAUUUCCAACGUCUAUUACUUGUGAAUACAUCAACCGUUGAAUUGGCAGUGAAUCAGGCCUUAUUUAGUGACAUUAAUCGUCCAAUUGAAAAUUCGUAUGCAACUAUUUUAAGCGAUGAAUACGAAGCCGAUCAUUUGGCUGUAAACUUUAAGCAACCAGCCAACGCUGUCAAAUUCAUAAAUGAUCAUAUUGAUAUGCGUACACAUGGAAAAAUCAAGGACAUCGUCAAACCCGAAGAUUUGAUUGAAACUCAAUUGUUGCUUACAUCGGCAAUUUUCUUCAAAGGACAAUGGAAAUUCCCAUUCAAUAUUAGUUACACCAAAGAUAUGCCAUUUUAUCGUGAAGAUGGAAAACCAAUUGGAAACGUGCCAAUGAUGUCACAACGUAAAAUCUUGUCUUAUACAACGAUCAAUCAAUUGGACGCAAGCAUUCUUGAAUUGCCAUACGGAAAAGAAGAUCGUUUGUGUAUGUUGUUGAUUUUGCCACGGUAUAAUUCAUCAUUGGCUGCGGUCUUCCAAAACUUGCGCAACUUCAAUAUCGCCACAAUUAGUUAUGAACUUCACAAAUACGAUAAUACCAACGAUUAUGAUGAGAGUGAAAUCGAAUUAACAUUGCCACGAUUCAGCAUUGAUUCCGAUUUGGAACUUCGUACCGUACUCGAAGAGUUGGGCAUCAAAGAUAUAUUUGAUCCGGCCAAAGCAAAUCUCUCGAAAAUGUCCAAGCAACCGUCUUUUGUUUCGCGUGUUUUCCACAAAGCGGUUAUCGAAGUAAAUGAGCAAGGAACUGUUGCCGCAGGAGUUACAGCUGGUACCGUGUCAUUCAAACAAUCGCCCAUUGAAUUCAUUUUCAAUCGUCCAUUCGGAUUUUUGAUCACCGACAAAGUUACAAACACUCUCCUCUUCGCCGGACAAGUAAAAAAUCCACUCGUUUUGCAAUACAGAAAAAUGUAUUUGCACCAUCGUUUGUAUAAAAUUUUCACGAUUUUGUUGUGUAUUUUCCAUUUAACGGUGGCAAAUAUUCAAUCACAAGAAUCUAUAGUUUUUCCAACAACAUAUCUACAACGACAGAAAUCAUUUGAUUUAUUAUCAAAUAAUACGGUUUCCAGCGAAAGUAUUGUGGAACUAUCACGGUCCGCCGAAGCAUUUUCCAUCGAAUAUUUUCAACAUAUUUCUCGCCUCGAAGUAUCUAAAAAUAAUAAUUUAAUCAUCUCACCGUUUUCAAUAUGGUCGUUGCUAUUGUUAUUGGCUGAAGGAUCAUCGGGACGAACAUAUGAACAAUUGUCAGCAGUAUUACGAUUGCCAAAUGAUUUAACCAAAAUUCGGCGUGUCUAUAAAUAUAUCCAGAGUGCUUUUCUACAGAAAAAUACGGCGAUCGAGCUAAUAACGAAUCAAGUGUUAUUUAGCGACAUUAAUCGACCAAUUGAUAUUGAUUUUCAAGAUAAAUUGGAGCGCACCUAUGAAGCCGAUCAUUUUCCCGUUGAUUUUACGCAGACAUUUCAAACGGUGACCAAGAUGAAUAGCUAUGUGAAAGAUAAAACCAAAGGUAAAAUUGAACGCAUCAUUGAUCCGGUCGAUGUUUACGCUGCAAACUUGGUGCUUAUUUCGGCGAUCUUUUUUCAAGGUCGUUGGAAAGAUCCAUUUAAAUUGGAAGAUACCCGAGAUUUGCCAUUUUACAAUGAAAAUGGCGUGGUAAUUGGCAAUGUGCCAAUGAUGUUUCGCAAAGGUGGAUGUUCUCAUAUUCGCGUACCAUCGUUAGAAGCCGAUAUCAUUGAACUUGCCUAUGGUUUUGAACAACAAUACAGUAUGGUGAUUUUCUUGCCUUUCAAACAAGCAUCGUUGAUAAGAGUGAUAGAUAAUUUGCGCAUUCUAGGCUUGCAGAAAGUUAUUGAAAAUUUAAAUCAAUCCGAAGAAGAUCCAGAUCUUGAAAUCAAUUUACCACGAUUUUCCAUUUCGUCUGAUUUUAAAUUGAACAGUGUGCUACAACAAAUGGGAUUAAAGAAUGUGUUCGAUGAAAAGCUGGCCAAUUUUUUAAAAAUUUCGAAACAUUCUACCUAUGUGUCACAAUUCAUACAAAAAGCUGUGAUCGAUGUUAAUGAAAAUGGUACAAUCGCAGCAGCAGCCAAUGCUGCAUCACUUUCAUUCCAAUCGAUUCCAUUGGAAUUUCAUGUUAAUAGACCAUUUGCAUUUAUGAUCAUCGAACGCACAACUAAUACCAUUCUAUUUUGUGGCAAUGUGAAAAAUCCACUUGCUGCAUAACCUUGACCAAUUUUACCUUUUUUUAAUCAAAUCGCACACUUUUGAACAUAAAUAUAAGAAAUAUAUAGAUUAAUUUGU